AUGAGCUCUAAUAUGUCCAUAUAUUCAACUCUACUUUCUUUGGAACCAAUAGAUAUACCACCACCUUAUAUAUUACCAGUGUUUUUGUUUGGAACCCUUACAUAUUGUGCUAUUUUGUUGUUCAAUAUUACAUUGCUGCUAACAAUUGCUUUGAACCGAAAACUUCAUAAACCUAUGUACAUACUGUUAUUUAACAUGCCACUCAAUGACAUCGUGGGUGCCACUGCUCUUUUUCCUCAGAUCAUGGCUAAUUUACUGUCACAGAAUAGAUCAGUUACUUAUUCUGCAUGCUAUGUGCAAGCCUUCUUGAUACACUUGUAUGGGAAUGGAGCAUUUCUCAUUCUGCUUGCUAUGGCUUAUGACAGGUAUACUGCAAUUUGCUGCCCGUUGAAAUACAAUACCUUGAUGUCCCCAAAUAACUUGCUGAAAAUAAUCCUUACGGUAUGGAUCCUAAAUUUUGCAAUGAUUGGUUUUCUACUUGCACUAAGCUACCGUCAAGAGAUUUGUAGUGCAAAAAUAGUGGACUGUUUCUGUAAUAAUCCAUGUUUGAUGAAGUUAAUAUGUGGGGACAUAAGGCUGAAUAACUACUAUGGACUGACUAUAACAGUUUUGCACCACAGUCUAACAGUGUUUCUAAUGUUUUUCACAUAUAUGCAAAUUUUAAUCACCUGUGUUUUGAGAAGACAGUCUGAUGCAAAAAGCAAAGCAAUUCAGACAUGUGGUACUCACCUAGUCGUUUACUUAUGUUUAGAGUUCAGUGCACUGUUUACUAUAAUUUCACACAGAUUUGAUAAUGUACCACAGGAUUUAAGAAAAGUUAUUGGUGCAUGUGUGAUGAUAUUUCCUCCUUUUCUCAAUCCUCUAAUAUAUGGAUUGAAAACAAAAGAAAUUCAACAGAGUAUUACUGUGUUCUUCCGUAAAAGAAUAUCUCAGUCAUAA